GUAGUCUCGUAGCUGAGACUCUGGACAGACCUGGUGGUUUCAGGGUGUCAGGAGGCAGUUUUGGGGGAGCGCGCAGUGAUCCAGUGACAGCCAGUUGGCGGGACAAACCUACCUCACCUGCAAAGACUCUCUCUCUCUCUCUCUCUCUCUCUCUCUCUCUCUCUCUCUCUCUCUCUCUCUCUCUCUCUCUCUCUCUCUCUCUUUCUGCCUCUCUUUCUUUCCCCCAGUCCCCUCUCAUUUUUGGGGAAUAGUGUGGAGCUGGCUGUUCUUUGGGGAUGGAGCGUGUAUGGGACUCUGUUUCCUCUGCUGGGAUGUUUAUUAUCGGGCUGCUGUCGGUGCUGUGGCCGGCGCUAAAUGGAGUUUGGAGUUUUAAUAUUUACGCAGAGCAUCCUACGGUUUACAGGGGACCCGAUGGAAGUUAUUUCGGCUAUUCUGUGGACUUCUACCAACCUACCUCCGACAGCAACACGUUCAGUGUGUUGGUAGGGGCUCCCAAGGCUAACACCUCUCAGCCUGGCAUUGUGGAGGCUGGGGCUGUGUACUACUGCCCCUGGCCUGGACACCCCGACAGCUGCAGACAGAUACCUUUUGAUAAUUCCAAUAACAGAAUGAUAAAGGUAAAUGGCACCAGAGAGCCUCUGGAGUUUAAGUCACACCAGUGGUUUGGAGCAUCGGUCAGGACACACAAAGGAAAAGUGGUGGCAUGUGCUCCUCUCUACCACUGGCGGACAGUGAAGCUGAGUGGGGAGAAGGACCCCGUGGGGACCUGCUAUGUGGCCGUCCAGAACUUCAGCGCCUACGCAGAGUACUCGCCCUGCAGGACCAAUGAUCCAGACCCAGAAGGACAGGGGUUCUGUCAGGCUGGCUUCAGUGUGGAUUUCACCAAGGAAGGAAUGCUGGUGGUAGGAGGACCUGGAAGCUUUUACUGGCAAGGUCAGGUAAUGACAGCGGGGAUAGCUGAGAUACUGAACGGCUAUUCUUUGAAGGCAGUGCUGAGACGGGUUCCAGGAGAGAAACACACUCGAGCUGCUGAAGACACACACGACGACAGCUACCUUGGUUACUCUGUGGCAGUGGGAGAGUUUACAGGAGACUCUGAACAAGAGCUGAUAGCUGGAGUUCCCAGAGGAGCACAGAACUUUGGAUAUGUUGCAAUGAUCAACUCCACCAAUCUGACCUUCAUCCAGAACUUCACAGGGGAACAGAUGGCCUCCUAUUUCGGCUACUCAGUGGCUGUCACUGACCUGAAUGGAGAUGGGACCGACGAUGUGCUGGUUGGAGCGCCCCUCUACAUGGAGAGAGAGAUGGAGAGCAAACCCAGAGAGGUGGGGAGGGUGUACCUGUACCUGCAGAUGGCCCCGCUCACUUUCUCCAAACCUGUUGCCCUCACUGGCACACACACCUUCGGGCGCUUCGGCACGUCUAUAGCACCCUUGGGAGACAUCAACCAGGAUGGAUACAAUGACGUGGCGGUGGGCUGUCCGUUCGGAGGCGAGGAGCGUGGAGGCAGAGUAUUGAUCUUUAACGGUAACAGAGACGUAUCCGCGCAAGGCCUGACAAUGAGCCAAGAGCUGAGAGCAGCCAGGACCCCCAGUGGCAGUUUGCCUGGAUAUGGAUUCACUCUGAGAGGAGGCCAAGACCUGGACAACAAUCAGUAUCCCGAUCUGAUUGUGGGGGCAUUCGGUGCAGGCGAGGUGUCGGUGUACAGGUCUCGAGCUGUGGUGUCUGUGGAAGCUGCAAUGAUCUUGACUCCCAGAAUCCUGAACCCCGAUGACCGACAGUGUCACCUGCCUCAAACAGAUAUGAUGGUUACCUGUCUGAAGGUGGACGUGUGUGCAGCAGUGAGUGGAGUGGGGAUCCCCAACUCUGUAGAUCUGAGAGCAGAGCUGCAGCUGGAUUGGUUGAAAGGCACCAGGGGCGGAGUUAAGAGGGUUCUGUUCCUGGACACCCAGCAGCCUCAGCGCACAGGGCUCCUAAAAUUGGGACACAACCGCCCACGUGCAUGCCUGAGCUACACCAUUUACCUAAGAGAGGAGGAUGAUUUUAGGGACAAAUUGACCCCAAUCUCACUGGCUCUGAACUACAGCUUGGCUCCACCCACUCAUGGCCAAAACCUUCCACCUGUCCUCAACCAUUACAGCAGCACCUUCCUUCAAGAGCAUGCCUACAUUCUUCUGGACUGCGGUGACGACAAUAUUUGUAUCCCCGACCUCCAGCUCUCUGCCACCAUGGACCGCUCCGAGCUGGUGAUUGGAGAUGACAAUCUGGUCAUGUUGACUAUCACUGCGAUGAACCGAGGAGAGGGAGCCUAUGAGACAGAGCUCCACACACUGAUACCACUAGAAGCUGACUAUAUUGGAGUUACGCGCAGGGUGGAGUCCCUGUCUCAGCUAAACUGUGAGUACAAGAUGGUCAAUGAGUCCAGAAUGGUGGUGUGUGACCUCGGGAACCCAAUGGUGGCUGGAACAGAGCUGUCUGUUGGUUUGAGGUUUUCUGUCCAAAGGCUGGAAGAUGCCGGACCAAAGAUCAGCUUUGAGCUACAGAUCCACAGCUCCAACAAAGAUAAUUCCGACAGCAACCCAGUCAUUUUGAAUCUGUCCAUCGUUGCCAAAGCUCAACUCGAUUUACGUGGGGUGUCUCAUCCCUCUCAGGUGGUGCUGCCAUUCCCACACUGGGAACCCAAAGAGAAGCCUGUCAAAGAGGACGAUGUGGGACCACAAGUUACACACAUCUAUGAGCUCCAUAACUUUGGUCCCAGCAGUAUUAGGGAGGCUGAGCUCCAGGUCGGCUGGCCUUCCCGUUUCCGUGAUGAAAACCUGCUGUAUGCCAUGGAGAUUCAAACUGACGGACCAAUUAGCUGCCGGACGAACACCAGCCUCAACCCACUUGGCCUUCAGAUUUCCUCUCUCCAGGAUACACCUGAAUUAUUGGGUUUCUUGAGGAACACCAGCGCUCCUUCUCACCGCCACAAACGAGCCGUCACUGCCGCUGAGAGUUAUAGCGGUAAAACUUUGAACUGCACCAAUAUCUCAUGUCUGAGGAUCAUGUGUAUCGUUGGCCGGUUGGAUCGUGGGCAGAGCGCAGUGGUCAAGAUCCGCUCGAGACUCUGGGCUCACACUUUCCUGCAGCGGCGUAACGACCCCUAUAUCCUCAACUCUACCGUAUCCUUCAUGGUCACAGCCUUGCCUUACCGCAUCCAACCCUCCACCCUGCCGCAACACACCACCUCGAUGGGGACCCUGGUGGUAUGGGGGACUCCUGACGUGUCGUUUGCUGUUCCACUUUGGGUCAUCAUCCUGGCCAUACUGCUGGGGCUGCUGGUGCUGGCCAUGCUAACGUUAGCCAUGUGGAAGUGUGGUUUCUUUGACCGGGCACGUCCACCAGCUGACGAUAACAUCUCCGACCAGGAGCAGCUGACGUGUGAUCAAACAGGGGACGCCUAGACAACGCGUGACAGCUUCUGAUUGGAGGACUGUGGUUUGGGAGGGACGUGCACCUUCUGAGUAACUUAAAUCAGAUCUGAGAUCUGUAUUAGUUGAACCCUAUGUUCCUUGGCUGGAGGUCUUCUGCCUCGAAUUAAACUGACAGUAUGAAGACUUCAGCGCCACACACACUGGGACCAAAGAACGAGGUUCAAACCAGACAGAGUGGGACCAAAACACACUUAACAGGCUCAAUCACACACACAUGUCCAUUGUUUAUGUAUCCAUUGUGAUGAAGAACCAGAACUGAAGACAAAAUGGACUUUGUUGUGAAGACAAUGCUUUAAACGUUUCUGAACAUUUCUGUGUGUCUGUGUAAGUGAGGCACAAAGAGACUUGAGAUCUAUGCACAAGUGCUUUCGUGAGUGUGAGAGUGUGUGUGUAUGUGUAUAUGUGUGCUUGUAGUACUGUACAUAUGUGUGUGUCUAUUAGGUGCCUCUUGUUAUGAAAUCAGUCAGUUAUGAAAUUAUUUCCCCACCUGAUUUAAUUUAUCCUAGUGUUCUUCUAACUUGGCUGUAUACAGAUUUAUCACAAACACACACACAGAUGCAGCCACAUGCAUAAACACAAAGGCACAAAGUUGAUGUCUAUAUUUAUGAAUGUAUGUGCAAUAUUUGGGCGUUGCGUGAUACUGAAGCUUGUUUACACUGGCAUUUUUUUUUAUUAGAGCUUAAUGUUUCCAUUGUUUAUGUAUUAAUUGGUAUAUUAGAUAUUUGUGUUGCUGAACAACAAAAACAAAUGUCUGGACGGGUUUACAGUAAAACCCACCAUAUAAGUUUCGAAAAGUGAGAAGACAAAUAACUAACUUAUUAUUGUCUUGAUAGAAUGAGUUUAGAGUUUUAUCUUUAAAGAAACAGUCCAUAUCUCCACAGCAGAAGCCCUGCCCUGCUACUUCAAGGUUUGUGCCUGUUAUUUUUUCUAACGUGACAGUUGAUAAGACUUCAAAAACUAGCUGUAAAGAUAAACAGUCCCUAUCAAAAACACAUUGUAAACAUUGUGCAACACUGCAUGUACCGUAUGGCAUUUAACAGUGUGUUUAAUGUUGUCAUUUGCUUAUCUGAUAUUAUUGUAUCAUAUUGUGCACAGGCAGGCAGAACAAAGCGGUCAGGGCAUCAACAGGACCCUGAAUUUAAAAUUAACCUUUAAUGUGUCAUGUUUGAGUCGUACUUGGUUUUCGUAUCGAGUGUGAAGUUUUAUUAGAAUAAAGUGUCGUUUGGUUAUACAUUCUCAUUCUUUGCUAUUGCAAUAGUAUGUAACUGAACUGUGUUGUCCUUUCCAACAUGGAGUUAGAGAGUGAAAUCAUCAUUGCAUUUUGUUGCAAAAAGACCACAGAAACAUAAAAUAAUUAGAAAUUGAAA